CUGCAUCACCAUGGCAUAUAGUAAAGACUUAACCAUUAUUUUUCAACUAAAGUUUCAAAGAAAAACUAGUGCUUCUUCCUAUUUUAUUGAAACCUGGGAAAAUGUGAGCAGGAAGGAUAAGGGCAAUGCACCAAAUAACUUUUUGUGCCUGUUUCUUUUUAACCCAGCAGAGAGAAAGUCUAUGUCCUUGCCUCUAUCCACCUCCAAAGCAGAAAUGGAACAAAAUGUUGACUUCAGCAAUAGCAACAACAACAGUAAAUGCACGAUUGGAAACUUCAAGAGAGAAUUUUACCCUAUCAUGUACCUAAUAAUCUUCAUCUGGGGAGCCUUGGGAAAUGGCUUUUCCAUAUUUGUUUUCCUGCAGCCGUAUAAGAAAUCCACAUCUGUGAAUGUUUACAUGUUAAACCUGGCCAUUUCUGAUCUCCUGUUCACAACCACACUGCCUUUCAGGAUUGACUAUUACCUCAGAGGCUCCAAUUGGAUAUUUGGGGACCUGGCCUGCAGAUUCAUGUCUUACUCCAUUUAUGUCAACAUGUACAGCAGCAUCUAUUUCCUGACUGUGCUGAGUGUUGUGCGUUUCUUGGCAACGGUUCACCCUUUACGGCUCCUCCAUGCCACCAGCAUCAGGAGUGCCUGGAUCCUAUGUGGGAUCAUAUGGAUUCUUAUCAUGGCUUCCUCAGCAGUGCUUCUGAAUAACGGGGUCAAGCAGGAGAACAAUGUCACUUUAUGCUUAGAGCCGAGUGACAAUAAAAUUGUUAAACUGCAGAUCUUGAACUACGUUGCCUUCGUGGUGGGCUUCUUCCUGCCAUUCUGCAUUCUCAGCAUCUGUUACCUGCUGAUCAUCCGAACUCUGCUGAAGGUGGAGUUCCCAGAAUCAGGGCAGCGGAUUUCUCACAGGAAGGCACUGACCACCAUCAUCAUUGCCUUGAUCACCUUCCUCCUGUGUUUCCUGCCCUAUCACAUACUGAGAACCCUCCACCUGGUCAUGUGGAGUAUGUGCAAAACCUCACUGCAUAAAGCUGUGGUCAUCACACUGACUAUGGCAGCAACCAAUUCCUGCCUCAACCCUUUGCUCUAUUACUUUGCUGGAGAGAAUUUUAAGGACAGACUAAGGGUUACCCUCAGAAAAUGUCAUCUACAUAUGACAAAGAUCAAGUGCAGACUUCCUGUCUGUGUGUGGUUGAAAAUGAUAAGAGUGUAAGGGUUCUUUUGGAAGCUACUAAAGGACGUGCUCCUCCAAAAUCAGAGAUUAAACCAAGACAGAGGAAAACAUGCUAUCUAGGAAAUGAAGAAUCUAGCAUACGAGAAAAGUUAAGAGAAUUCCCAGGAUGUUGGUGUCCAACAGGCCUAGAGAGCAACUUGUCCAUAUUGAAGCAGGAAUCUCAGAGGACUCCAGGAGACAUGUCACCAAGAAAAACAAGAAACUAAUUGCUUUGCACACAUUGAGAGGGAUUUCUGUUUCUCUUGGAGAGCUUGGGAUGAAUUAGUGAUAAAUACAUAGACAACUAAGCAAAUGAAAAGGCAAUGAUAUUACUAAAUGCUAGGGAAAAACAAACUUUUGUAUAAGAGAUUAAAUGUAACCAUAGUACACUACAUGGCUCAGAUGUAAAUAAUAUUUACAUAGAGAAUUACGUAAACAGUAAAAUACUGCGAUAUAACUUCUUUCAGGGAAUGAGGGGAGAAGAAAUGUAUGUGUGUAUGUGUGUGUAUAAAGGAGAGGUAUAAGAAACCUAGGGUCCUACCUUCCAUCACAGAAAAUACAUAAUAACUAAAGCAGAAAAAAUGAUAUAAAGCUGUAUAAGCAUGUUAUUUAGCAAUAAAAACUAAAUACCAGAAGAAACAGCUAAAAUAAUUGUGAGGGAUUUCCUCUAGAGGAAAGUUGGGAGUGGGGAAAUAGGACAAAACUUAUCUUUCUCUUUUAAGAACUAUUUAACUGUCUAACUUGUGAAUAUGUAUUGCUGACAUAAAAGUUAUAUUAAAAUUCAAUUUUAAAAUUCAAAUUAAUUCUGAGUUAUUUAAAAAAAUA